AUGCCUGAAAUCAAAGACUUUGCUGAUUAUUACCAUAUAAUAAUAGCUUGUUUGACAGCUGGAAUAAUAGUCGGAAUUACCACAUUUUAUCUAUUGGCAAAAACUGUGAUCGAUUAUUUGAACACUUUAAAUAGUCGAAUCGAGAACUUGGAGUAAGUCAAAAUCUAUCUAUUUUCAUUUAUUCAUAAAUAAUUUCAAGAAACGAGGUCAUCGAAUUGCAAACAAUCUGUGGACAAGAGGAACAAGAGACAUCUGAGUGA